UGUAUUUAUAUAAACAAAAUUAAGCAGCUUGGAGCAUGGGUCAGGUAUCAAAUAACUAGGGCACGAUUUCUAAUGUGUGUGUAUUUUUGUUUAGCGGGUUGCAUCUCUAGAAAUGUCAGCAGAAUUAUUAGUAAUCUAUAAACCAUCCUGUUUUGAACAUUAAUCUAUGAGGAAAAGUCUAUACCCUUCCAGAAAAUAAGUGAGCUUAAUUGUAGUGAAAGUGCAGUUCUAGUUAAAUGUAUCAAAGCAGUUAUAAUAACUUUCCUAAUCCUAGUUCUGACCGGCGGGGUUGAUAUAGUUGUGUGCUGUGUGGAUAAUAUGUGGCUAAUGGAUGUGGAGACCUUUAGAAUCAGAUUUCACUACAUUCCUUUAAUCUGAAACUGCACUGCUUCUCACAUGUAAGCAAAACUCAAGAACAAAUAAGGGUACUCCCUGGGCUACUUUUAAGUCAUAUUAUUGGUCAGUUAAAACAACUUAUUCGAUUAAAACUUACUUUUAACAGUUCAAGAAAGCUUGCAGUUCAAUGAGUUCCUGUGGGGAGUAUAUUCAUAGACGGAAAGUGAAACUACAGUCAUUAAUACACGUCGAUCUUCCUGGACGCAAAAAUGGACGAUUCUAUUGAGAAGUGAAAGGACAAGUCUUCAGAUUUAGGUUUGAACAGAUGACCAGAUACCAAGAAGUGCAGUUUACAGUCUGCUCCUGCAGCUGGACUAGUCUUGCCGAAAGAUUUUAUUCACAGACACUGCUCAAAUGUAUUUGUACAAGACAUGUAGGAUCCCGUCUGGAGAAAUAAUAUUUGUAUAUGGCUAACCCUCUGGAAGUGAAAGCGGCUUGCGCUAGAUAACUGCACAUACUUUGGUUUUAGACCCAGUGAAAGUGGAUUUAUUAAAAGUUUUCACUGAGUUCUGUGCCAAUAUGGGGAACUGUUUGGACUGUUGUGGACAAAAAGCCCCAUGUGACCAUACAGAGGAUGAAACUAAAGGUUUACUGCCCAGCUCUGAAUCAAAGACUGGAACAGAAGUUUGCACCAGUCCAGAUGAGGAGUGCAGCAGGCAUGCAGAACUAAAACCCCCACAGCCGAAGGAUGAACACAUUGUAACUGAGCAGCCAGUCGCCGAGGCUCAAGUUCCCAAAGCACAGAGCUCUUACUCUCAAACCAUAUCAUUGUUGCACACUGAAGCCUCUCUUGCUACUGAAGUUAAUCACAAUGUUUCGCCUGAAACAGACACUCCAAUCUCAGCUGUAGAAACGCCAAAAACAAUGACAGAAGAACUCCAAAACAUUGCAACUGAAGUCUUAGAAGCACCUCACGAAACUGUCGAAGCACCUGCGGAAACCGUUGCCUUGGUGAAAGUGGAGAUAGAGGGUCAGCAUGGGUCAGCUGAAGAGGGAAACAUCACAGCUGCUCCGCCAGGUGAUGCAGCUGCUGCUCCGGCAAGUUCAGACUUAACACUCACACCUGCUGAGGAGACACCUGUUAAACAAGCACCUGUUGAAGAGGUGAUCGCGCUUACUCAGGUAAAAGCUGAAAAGAACUUGCCGGAACCAGAGCCUGAAACACAUGUUGUGAAUGAGAAGGAAGUGGAACAAGCUUUGAACGACGCCACUGAAGAUGCUAGUCUCAGUAACACUGGAGAUGUUUCACUGAUGGAGAAGAGUAGCAUUGAACCUGAAUUUUGCCUUUUAGGUCAAAUUAAUGAGGUGGUUGUUAUUGAGAAAAGCGUACCUGAAGUGACUGCUGAGGAACCCGUGAUUGAACCAACAGUUGAAGUGGAGGAGAAACUUUCAGAGGAUGUUCAGUCUGAGAAGGAAGAACAGAAGCAAGAAACAUCUGAAGCUUCUCAUACUCAGGAACUUUCACAGGAAGUUAAAUCCCCAGGUGUAGAUGUUUCCAAUGGAGGAUCUCCUGGCAUUGAGAACGGUCUAGUGAAAGACUCUGAGAGUCUGAAGUGCGAGAUUGAAAGAAGUGCUGAUGUCGUGGUGGUAGAAAAGCUGCCUCAGAAAGAGGAUGCAGUCCAGAAACCAAAUGAGGAAGUCUUGGAAACCAAGAGUCAACUCUCAGCACAAACUGAAAGCACUAUUGAGUUGGACAUACCUGAAGUCUCAGACUCAUUGACUGAUCAAGAGAAGAGUGAGAAGGUUUCAGAGGAGAAGAGUGAAGCUACAGAACCCACUCAGAAUGGCCUGGACUCCACUUGUGCCUCUUUACCGUCAAGCCCUAUUGAACAAAGCAGACCCACUGAGACUAUGAGUGAUUCUGUUGCUGUAGAAGACACUGAAGCCAAAGCCGAGGUUACAGAGUCGAGCAUGGCAGAAUUACUGAAGGAAGUUGUAAAAGAUGUUGCAGAGACUGGACCUCAACAAACUGAAGAAGAAGAAGAAAAGGACAAACAGGAAGACGAAACUAGUGUUGCCCGGGAAAAUGAAGACAUUUCCGACACCCCAAAAUCAGAGACCAUUUUCAGCACUACCUCAGUGGAGGUUCAGGUCAUAAGAAAGCCAGAAGAGAAUGUGGAGGAAGUGCAGGAGGCACUAGAUGAGAGUGCAGAUCUGUAUCUGGGAGCUGAGGAGAUUGAAAUGGGAGCCAGCAAUAACAAGCCAUCCAAACCACUGCUAGAGCUCACAAUUCCUGGUGUCGAGACCAGAUGUAGCUUAGCAUCAGCUGUGGACAUACUGGCCUACAGUGAGCGAGAAUGGAAGGGGAGCACAGAUAAAAGUGCUCGCAUACGAAAGGGCUACAGUGAGAUGUCUCAUAGCUUCAGUGGUCUGAGGAGAGUCAGAGGCGAUAACUACUGUGCCCUGCGUGCUACACUGUACCAGGUGCUGGCAACCAGCACAAACAUGCCCACCUGGAUGCAGGACGAAAGCUUUCUAUUGUUGCCAGAGAGUAUUGAAACUCGGGAGCAUUUGAUUGGUGGAUGGGUGUUUCCCCCACAAUGCAAGUUGGGAAGUGAGGAGAAUUCUGUGGAGAAGCUGAAAUAUUAUUUGGGUCUUCUUAAAACUCAGUGGAGAGCAGCAGUGGCCUGUGAGAGCCCAGAGGAGAAGCAGAGUCUCUGUGAACAUGUGUUUCAAGGUGGAGAUGAGGAAUAUGGUCUCCUGGAAGCACUCAAGUUCCUGAUGCUGGCCAAAGCCAUUGAGCUUCAUCGUAAAAUGGUGACAGAUCAAGAAGUGCCUGUGUUCUGCUGGCUUCUCUUUGCCCGCGACACAUCAGAAAACCCACAAUCCCUCCUGGCCAAUCACCUGAGCCAGAUCGGCUUCAGUGGAGGAGUAGAACAGGUAGAGAUGUUUCUGCUGGGCUAUGCCUUAAACUACACCAUUCAAGCCUUCCGUCUGUACAUGACCGACACAGAAGAGUUUGUGACGCAUUACCCAGAUGACCACAAGCACGAGUGGCCAUGUGUGUGUAUCGUCACGGAGGACGAUCGCCAUUACAAUGUUCCCGUCAGGAGGACUGUUCAACACCAGCACAGAGAUGAUUCCACAAUGACCUAACGGCAGACACUUCAGAGAGCAAAGCUGAUCUACAAAGUGGCAUGACGUUUUGUUUUCUGAUUUGAUCCGUUGCUCAUGCAGUGAAUGAACACGAAGGGAAUUUACAGCAAUCUACCAAGAUCAAAUUGCAUGCAUAAGUGCUCAGGUUUUUUCCCCCCCAAAUGAAUCACAGAAUGAACAUCUGUCUGCCAGGAAACGCUGUGAUGAUUAACACUGGUUAAGAAAAAAAAAAAACCUUACUGCCUUUCUACUGUAGCUAUGAUCUUUUUUCCCCCACUGUUGGAAAUUUCUUUAAAAAAAAAAAUACUAAAGAGUUUACAACAAUAAUUUUAGAGAAUUUUAAUUCAAAAGAAUGUAUUGUGGGUUUAGUAAGGGAAAUGAGAUAAUGGUAUAAUUACUGUAAGUCAAUUAGUUAAAUUUUCUAUUAUUUCAAUAUAUAAAAUUUCUACAUAAAAGUCACUGGCAUGGAUUCUGCAACAGACUCAUUCUGAAAGCGUAGCCCUAUAUAAGAAGCUCGCCAAUUAUGUAGCCAGAUGUACGUAUGGCUGUAUUUCAUCUUAUAAACGAACGCAAUGCGGCGGUAUGACGCUGUUCCUUUUUGCGACUACCAGCUGACUGCUUAUUUCUGUAUGGACUGCUUUCCCGUGGUGGAAUUGAGACGCAGAGAAGAGUUGACUACGACGACGGGGUUCGAGUCUGGUAAUGAACGAUUCUAGAAACUGGGUAAGACAAAAACAGAAGCCAAAAAAUUAAAUAAACAAGUAAAUAACAGGGUGAGAAUGUGGUGAAAUCUAAAAACCUGGUAAAAAAUUAAGCAAGGACCUUUCUUUUUCUAGAUUGCUUUUUAAAAUUGUCAGUUGGGUUUUGGAAAUGGGGUG